AUGGAUGAUACCUCUGCUUCGGCAGGGUACUCCUAUCGCCACAUGGAGCGGAAGAUGAGUGCGAUGGCUUGUACGGUCUUCAACGAACUUCGGCUGGAAGGGAAGCUGUGUGACGUCAUCAUCAAAGUCAACGGGUGUGAAUUCAAUGCUCAUAAGAACAUUCUCUGUAGCUGCAGCUCUUAUUUUCGAGCUCUGUUUACCAGUAGUUGGAACAACUCCGAAAAAAAGAUAUAUAAUAUUCCUGGUAUUACCCCAGAUAUGAUGAAGCUCAUUAUUGAAUACGCUUACACAAGGACAGUGCCCAUUACGGUGGACAAUGUGGAGAGGCUCCUAGUGGCCGCCGACCAGUUUAAUGUGAUGGGUAUUGUCAGGGCCUGCUCUGACUUUAUGAAGUCUCAGCUCUGUUUAGAAAAUUGCAUCGGCAUCUGCAAAUUCACCGAGUAUUACUACUGCCCGGAGCUACGUCAGGCCGCCUACAUGUUCAUCCUGCACAACUUUGAGGAAAUGGUAAAAGCGUCGACUGAAUUCCUGGAGCUCUCGGUCAAUGAGUUUAAGGACAUCAUUGAAAAGGACGAACUCAACGUGAAGCAGGAAGACGCUGUCUUCGAAGCCAUUCUCAAGUGGAUCGCCCACGAACCUCCCAACCGGAAACAGCACAUGGCGGUCCUGCUACCGAAGGUGCGCCUGGCCUUGAUGCACGCGGAGUACUUCAUGAACAACGUCAAAAUGCACGAUUACGUGAAGGACAGCGAGGAAUGCAAGCCCAUCGUGAUCGAUGCCCUCAAAGCCAUGUACGACCUGAACAUGAACGGCCCUUCGAGUUCCGACUUCACCAAUCCCCUGACGAGACCCCGGCUCCCUUACGCCAUCCUGUUUGCCAUUGGUGGCUGGAGCGGAGGGAGCCCGACCAAUGCGAUUGAGACGUACGACGCCCGGGCGGAUCGUUGGGUGAACGUGACUUGCCAGCAGGAGAGUCCCCGGGCGUACCACGGUGCUGCCUACUUGAAGGGCUACGUCUACAUCAUUGGCGGCUUUGACAGCGUGGACUAUUUCAACAGCGUCAAGCGGUUUGAGCCCAUCAAAAAAACCUGGCACCAGGUGGCCCCCAUGCACUCCAGGCGCUGCUACGUUAGCGUCACAGUCCUUGAUAACUUCAUCUAUGCCAUGGGUGGCUUUGACGGCUACGUGCGCCUCAACACGGCAGAGAGGUACGAGCCCGAGACCAACCAGUGGACCUUAAUCGCUCCCAUGCACGAGCAGAGGAGUGACGCGAGUGCCACGACACUCUACGGAAAGGUAGGCGGUUUUGACGGCGCCAACCGCCUGCGGAGCGCCGAGGCGUACAACCCGAUCGCCAACACUUGGCGCACGAUCCCGACCAUGUUCAACCCUCGGAGCAACUUUGGCAUUGAGGUGGUGGACGACCUGCUCUUUGUGGUGGGCGGCUUCAAUGGCUUCACGACCACGUUCAACGUCGAGUGCUACGACGAGAAGACGGACGAGUGGUAUGAUGCCCAUGACAUGAGCAUCUACCGCAGUGCGCUGAGCUGCUGUGUGGUCCCGGGACUGCCCAACGUCGGGGAGUACGCUGCCAGGCGGGACAACUAUGUGGGGUCAUCCCAGAGAGACGAGGUCAAAUAUUCGUCCUCCACUAGCACACUCCCAGUGUGA